CUUCCAGCAGUCUAGGGUUCAGUCGAAUUCAGGCGUCUGUUAUCUCUGAAGUGCUGUUCCAGGCUCUUGUUUUGAUAAAAAGAAACUACGUACGGUAGCACAAGCAAGUUUGAAUCAAUUCAAUCAUCAAGAUGGCUUAUUCAACAAGUUUCGGCUCGCUGGUGAUAACAAUUUGCCUCUUGUAUUCUUUGACGCAACUCAGCGCCCAUACCUUGCAAAGCCCAGUCAACCUAGGGUUACUGAAGGAUGAGGAGACUCAAGCACGCAAUUAUUUUGCUGAUUUUCUUCGAGUUUUGUAUGCCCCUCAGGCGCCCAAGGAUGACGUGUCGCUGUCCGCUGGUUCCGCGAAUGAUAUGCCGAACGAGAUAUUUCCAAUGAUAUCUUCUGAUGAAGAUAAUCACGAAGAAGAGAACUACGACCAAAUUCGACGAAAGGAAUUCCCUGUAGAUGGUGUUUUAUUGCCAAUCUUGCAAAAGCGUAACGCGAGAUACUGCGGAUCUUAUCUAGCCGAUGCUCUUCGAAUGGCUUGCAGUAAGAGCAGUUAUCUUCCGCUGUUCGGUAAACGUUCGACCUUACCAGGUAAAUCAUUGGGAUCGACAACUACAGCGGCGACACCGAAUGCGGAAUUAGGUUCUUGGCCUUUUAUCAAUGACGAUAAAGCCCAUUCAAUUUUGAGCAAUCACCAUUUGUUUCAGCGUUACACACGAGGAGUUCACGACGAGUGUUGCGUCAAGGGCUGCACUUUCAAAGAGCUGACGUCUUACUGCACUCGUCCCAAUUAACUAUGGAGCCAACGAAAAGUUAUGGACUUGCGACGUUAUAAGCAAUUAAGAGUAUCAUUUACUAUUCAAUUGAUGUAAACAUUUGCACUAUCCAUAUUCUGCAGCUUUUUAUCUCUUUGGGCAUUCUAAAGUGACCUCUAUAUUGGGCUCUUCCUUUGGCACAGUACGAUUUCAUGGCGAUCGUUUGUGUUAUACUGUUGUCACAUUACUGACUAGCGAUGUCAGCCGAAAGGCUUUUAUUUUUUUUUUAAUGUUUUGAUUUCACUUCUGCUACUCAUUAUGGAUUGUUACGGUAAACAUGUUUUUUCACUAAAGUCACUGUCACGUGUGCGUCAUAUUCAAACCCGAGUGAGAACUAUAAAGCAAAAAGAAGGAGGGGACUAAAUCAUCUGUGAUUCAUCCUAUUUUGUUCCAAGCGUUUAGGUUCCCUUUGUUUUCCAGCGAUUAAGGUAACACUUGUCAUAAUGAAAUCCUAUCUUUUGUUACGCAAUCAGCCUUGUAUUUUAUCCAUUCUGGCAGUAGUCGCUAAUUAUUGAUUUCCUCCUCUGAACGAUUCCGAAAAUACAGACUAAAAGGCA